AUGCUGACGCAGGCUAAGCAGACUAAGCAGGGCCACAGACUGCAGUCAAGCGAAGGGCAGUGGAACGUGAAGCAUGUCAAGCGAUACUUGCGUUGCGUGGACCACUUCUUGAUGCUGCUAAUAGUCUGCGUGCACACAACGUCUGGACAGCCAGGCAGAGGGUUAGAGAUCACGACAAUGCAGCACCGCAACAGGCUACUGCAGGACCACAACAUCUUCGUCAUAGACAGACAGGUGAUGACAGUCGUCCGCUAUCACAAGUCGCAGUCGCAGUGGGACAAGCCGAAGGUGGUGCCGCGCUUCUUGCCGCCGCGGCUAGGGCAGGUGAUGGUGCUGUACUUGGCGU